AUGAAAUUCGUCUUUUGGAAGGUCGACGGCCUCAAUGUCGGUCAGGCGCGCAAACCAGAGCACCCGAACAUCCAAAAAAUGGUCUGUUCCAAACUGGAUGUCGCGAAUCAGCGCAAUGUCGGGCUCUCCUUCGUCAGAAGCAACAAGAACCGUAUCGCCAGGGUUGAGUUCGAGCCCGUCCAAGUCGCGCUUGAGCAGGAUCCGCUGGGCAGUGUUGUCUGUGGUGCGCCUGGAACGUCUCUUCGACGGCGUGGCCGGAUCGGGUUCCAAAAGAGUGAGUUUCCAGUCACCAAGAGCCUUCUGAGUCGUUGCCAUGAAUAA